GUGGCAGCCGCUUGGUGCUGGCCUGACUGCGAUGGGGCUUUGUACUUGGUUGGCCACUGGUAGCGAUGGCUAUCUCCAGCGCAGGUGGAUUGCCCGAGAGUGCCAGAAGCUCCAGGAGGAUGCCAAAGCAGCGGAAGCCUUGCCACGGAGUUUCCGUAAAGCACAGGAUUCUGUCGCACGUCAAGGCGCAGCCAUUGAGGAUGACACGCAGCAGGAUGUGCACAGAGAGUUCCAAAAUGACGAGCUCAAUGCAUUUCUCCUGCUGCUCUGUGCGGCCCAUGCUGCCGGUGCUCCGGAGGUUCAGGAGUACUUGAAACCAGUCUCGGAUCUGCUGGCUUCAAGACCCCUCCUGUGGUACAGCGCCAUGCCGAUUCUGCGGAGAGGUCUUCCAGCCGACUGCCCGGAGCUUUCUGUUCUUGAGGAUGGCUACCAGAAGUGCGUCAGGAAGUACUUGCAUGGAGCACGAUGUCGGCUGCAAGAGGCUUCUGUAUUGAAACUGAGGCGCAUGCGCCAGCAAGAGACGCUGCACUCGUUUGCAAGAUUUAUUGUUGCAUUUAUUGGCAUGGCCCUUGGCUGCAAGAACGAUGAGCGGAACGAUCUUUGUUUCAUAGCCUUCCGAGACUACAUGAAGAGCAUUACCUUGGCCUCCAGUGAUGCUAUUGGUGUCGAAGAGGCCCGAAAGACCUAUGUGCGCAACUUCGACAUCGCCACCGAGAUGUGCCUCACCUUCACUCACCGAUCCGUUGGUUGGCUCUUGCUUUGGAGGCUCCUGGGACUCUGGAUGCAGACAAUUCUCUGGGAAAGGCCCGACAUCUGCUUCGGCCGGAAUCUGUCCGUGGAUGUUCAGGUGGAGAACUGCAUCGCAAGUACAUCCAGCGGCGAGGGGAGGAGUUCUCAAAGUUCGCCGCUUCACUUGGCUGCGAAGCACGGGCAGGUUCAGGUUUGUCGGGCAUUGCUGAACAACGUGGCCACAAAGCUCGGCUUCUUGACGAGCAAGGACCGGCGCGGCUAUACGCCGCUUCAUCAAGCAGCCUUGCUGGGGCAGGCGGAGGUUGUGGCCUUACUUCAGUCGGCCCAUGGUGUGGGCUCCAGCAUGGGAGACGGUGAGGCCUUCCACGACUGCCUCGAAGACGAUGCCCGGGUCGUGCGGGUGCAGUGGUACUCCCGGGCAGCACAGGGAUCGGGUGGGGCUUUGGCGACCCACUCCUUGGUUGUGGUCACGACUGCAGCCGGCCGGGGCUACGUAAUCGAAAAGGCGGCCAUGCCAGAGGAGUUGGUACAGGAGGAGCAGUUUCAGAAUGGCGUUGUCGUCUCCGACAUCCGAGGCUUCCACCACUUUGGUACCCUGGUGAGUGGUUUGGAGGGCCCUGAGCUCCAAGAGACAUUGACUCCGAUUCAGCUAUGGCAGGCGGCGGUGGACACGGGGUCAUACUCCCUGGGCCGCGCGAAUUGCCAGCAUGCGGCGCAGGCGAUGUUCCGGGCGGCUCGGGCGACCACGCAGCCUGUACCGCCCAAGCCCAACGAGGAGAUUGGCAUCCGCUACCUGCGAUGGGUGGUCGAUGUGUCCGGUCCCUGUUGCGCCUACUUCCACCUUCCCUCCCAGUCGCUGGAGUCGAAGACCUGGGCUUUGCUCAGUUGGUUCGGAGCCAUUUCUGCUCCCAAGGCAUCGCAAAGCUAA